ACGGCUUGGCUCUCUGGGCAGGUCGCCGUUGCCAAAUGAGGAGGAAAGGCCGCUGCCACCGAGGCGCCGCAGCGAGGCCCCCUUCCUCCCCGCGCAGCACCCGGCACUCCCCCACCCGGGAGACGCUGACCUACGCGCAGGCGCAGAGGAUGGUGGAGAUCGAGAUCGAGGGGCGCCUGCACCGCAUCAGCAUCUUCGACCCGCUGGAGGUCAUCCUGGAGGACGACCUCACGGCGCAGGAGAUGAGCGAGUGCAACAGCAACAAGGAGAACAGCGAGCGGCCGCCCGCCUGCCUGAGGACUAAGCGGCACCGCAGGGCGGGGGGGGAGAAGUCGGCGGAGGAGCUGGACCGCGAGGUCGAGUACGACAUGGACGAGGAGGACUACGCCUGGCUGGAGCUGGUCAACGAGCAGCGCCGCGGCGAGUGCGUGUCGGCCGUGUCGCAGGGCGUCUUCGAGUUCCUCAUGGACCGCUUCGAGAAGGCGUCGCACCGCGAGACGCAGCGGCAGGGCGAGCAGCAGUGGCUCAUCGACGAGGACGCCGUGUGCUGCGUGUGCAUGGACGGCGAGGGCCAGAACAGCAACGCCAUCCUCUUCUGCGACCUGUGCAACCUGGCGGUGCACCAGGAGUGCUACGGGGUGCCCUACAUCCCCGAGGGCCAGUGGCUGUGCCGCCACUGCCUGCAGGCGCGCGCCCGGCCCGCCGACUGCGUGCUCUGCCCCAACCGCGGCGGCGCCUUCAAGAAGACGGACGACGACCGCUGGGGCCACGUGGUGUGCGCGCUCUGGAUCCCCGAGGUGGGCUUCGCCGACACCGUCUUCAUCGAGCCCAUCGACGGCGUGCGCAACAUCCCGCCGGCGCGCUGGAAGCUCACCUGCUACCUGUGCAAGCAGAAGGGCGUGGGCGCCUGCAUCCAGUGCCACAAGGCCAACUGCUACACGGCCUUCCACGUGACCUGCGCCCAGCGCGCCGGCCUCUACAUGAAGAUGGAGCCCGUGCGCGAGCCGGCGGCCGGCGGCGCCACCUUCUCCGUCCGGAAGACCGCCUACUGCGACGCCCACACGCCGCCCGGCUGCACCCGCCGCCCGCUCAACAUCUACGGGGACGCGGAGGCGCGCAACGGCCUGUGCCGCAAGGAGGGCCCGGUGCCACCCCGCGGGCGCCCGUCGAACCGCGCCGCCCAACCAGUAGAACUCCACCCCGAGCAGAGUAAACUUUCCAAAAGAGUCACAUUUGAUAAUGCGCCGCGCGGCCGCCCUCCGAGCGCGCCCUCCCUCGCCAGCGGCGCUGCGCCGGCGGCCUCCGCGGGGGCGGAGCCAGCGAGCGAUGUAAACAGACGCACCUCUGUUCUCUUCUGCAAAUCGAAAAGUGUAAGCCCCCCCGAGUCUGCCAAGAACACUGAAACCCAGCCAACUUCUCCUCAGCUAGGGACCAAAACCUUUUUGUCUGUAGUCCUUCCGAGGUUGGAGACUCUUCUGCAGCCACGAAAAAGGUCGCGGAGCGCCUGCGGAGACUCCGAGGCGGAGGAGGGCUCCCCCGGAAAGCGCCUGGACACAGGGCUCACCAAUGGCUUUGGGGGUGCACGGAGCGAGCAGGAGCUGGGCGGCGCCCCAGGGAGGAAGGCCACUCCCCGCCGGCGCUGUGCCUCGGAGUCCAGCCUGUCCUCCAGCAGCGGCCCGCUCUGUGACUCAAGUCUCGGCGCCCCCAAGUGCGGGCGGGGCAAGCCGGCGCUGGUGCGCAGGCACACGCUGGAGGACCGCAGCCAGCUGAUCUCCUGCAUCGAGAGUGGGGACUACGCCCGGGCGGCCAGGAUCGCGGCAGAAGUCGGUCAGAGCAGCAUGUGGAUCUCGACGGAUGCUGCGGCCUCGGUCCUCGAGCCUCUGAAAGUCGUGUGGGCCAAGUGCAGCGGCUACCCCUCCUACCCGGCCCUGAUCAUCGACCCCAAGAUGCCGCGAGUGCCUGGCCACCACAAUGGGGUGACCAUCCCCGCCCCGCCCCUGGAUGUGCUGAAGAUCGGCGAGCACAUGCAGACCAAGGCGGACGAGAAGCUGUUCCUGGUGCUGUUCUUUGACAACAAGCGGAGCUGGUGCCCGAGGGCCUCGCUCCUGGGCUCAGGGUGCCUGGACCCCGCGCCCCGGCUCCGUAGGCCACCGGUGGCCGGGGGCGCGCUCUCCUGGGACACCCGAGUCAUCAGGGUGCCACAGCGGACGGCGGCAGAGGUCCACAGCCAGGGUGGCGUGGACACGGGCCUGCGCGAGCGGCUCGGCCACCCCUCCGCCAAGGGGCAGGUCCGCGCCUUGGCUGCCUGCGAGAGCCAGAGCGAGGGCCUGAGGCCCCCCGGCGCCCCUGGGAAGCUGCGGAGCGGAGACCGGGCCGGGCUGGCACGGCGCUGCGGGCUGGCUAGUAGCGCGGUGGGCAGCAGCCUCGUUGCCCGCUCUGAGGAGGAACUUAAGGAGAACCUGAGUGAAAUGCUGGAAUACAACACAGCUGGCACCGUCAAAGCCGGACACCGUCAAAGCCGGACACCGUCAAAGCCCUUCCAGGCUGGAAAGUCCAUUGUGGACCCGUGCCCCACCGUCCCCCGGGGAUUGUCUGCGAUCCUCAAGCUCCUCGGGAAGGAAACAGGCGCAGAGUUCCGGCAGAUUCUCCGAGACAAUGGCGAGGCUCGGGCCGCCGCUGCGGCCGCCGUCCAGUGUCGGCCGCGGGAAGGCUCCAGCUCAGAGCGGCUGCGACCCACGGGCGAGGCGGGGCGAGGCGGGGGCCACCCGUCCACACAGCAUCCGCCUGCGUCCGCCGGGCGGCGCUGUGGUGCCAGGCGCCCGGAGUCCGGAGUCCGGGAGGCAGAGGCGGCGGGGUCCUCCGCCUGGCCCGGCCCUGCACCUGCAAGGGGCCGCCGGCCUCAGGCCAGCUCCUGGUCAGCAGUACCAGCCGUGGUCAGCAUGUCCUCCUGCCUGCCCUCUACCGCGGGAGGACUGGGCGGCCGGGCCGCACAGCUCCUGGGCUGGCCCCUGGCUGUGCGCGCGCGCCGGGUGCGGCCGCUGACCCACGGCGGCUGUGCCCCCCGAGUGCCCGCCCCGUGCCCCUGCCCAGCCGUGAGGCGCGGACCCCAGCGCACGCUGCGGGCCCCGUGGCGACCCCCAGGGGCCGGGAAGAUCCGGGCUGUGACCCAGCCUGGGAGCCCCGGGGCGCGGCUGCCUCGGUUCCCAGGCUCGCGGGCCAUCGGCCUGGCCACUGACCGAGUCUCGCAAGUCCUGGGCCCCUCGAGUCGGUCCUGCUGGUCGCCUCCUCCCGAGCCGCUGCUCAGGGUCCUGGGGUCCUGCGGCUCCCCCACUGUGGCCGGCGCCAUCGGCCCACAUGUGCCCAGCACGGCAGGGGCCUGA